AUGGACUCACCUCUGACUUCAUUUUCGAGGCGAUUGAGCUCCAACUUCACAGGAUCCGACCCGUGUAGCAGAUUUAAGAACUCAUCUGCAUCUAAACUCGGUCGGACCGCCGCCCUCCGCCGCGACGAGCUCUUGCCUCCGUCCCUAAAUGACGCGGACAUCGUUAAGGGGGUCGCCUGUGGAGCCUCACUAGGCCGCUCAUUGUCGUUUGCCUCGCCGAAACUCAGCUCCGGCGUCAAGCUAAAACUUCCCUCGCCGGAAACUUCCUCCAUGUCCGAUCUAUACGCUUUUUCUUUCGCACAUCAAAUACACAAAACGCCCAAUUUUAUUAUUCCUCCGGUAUAA